ACAGCACGGCGGCGGCCGCUCGGUGUCGCGGGAGCCGGACCGCGCAGGCCCGUCCCGGCGGCCCGGGGGGCGCCAUGUGGUUCAUGUAUGUGCUGAGCUGGCUGUCGCUGUUCGUCCAGGUCGCAUUCAUCACCCUGGCCGUCGCGGCUGGACUGUACUACCUGGCAGAGCUGAUAGAAGAGUAUACGGUGGCAACCAGCAGAAUCAUUAAAUACAUGAUUUGGUUCUCCACAGCUGUGCUGAUCGGCCUCUACGUCUUUGAGCACUUCCCCACCAGCAUGAUUGGCGUGGGCCUUUUCACCAACCUCGUCUACUUUGGCCUUCUCCAGACCUUCCCUUUCAUCAUGCUGACAUCACCUAACUUCAUCCUGUCAUGCGGGCUAGUGGUGGUGAACCAUUACCUGGCAUUUCAGUUUUUUGCGGAAGAAUAUUAUCCCUUCUCUGAGGUCCUGGCCUACUUCACAUUCUGCCUGUGGAUAAUCCCGUUCGCUUUCUUCGUGUCGCUUUCGGCUGGGGAGAAUGUCCUGCCCUCUACCAUGCAGCCAGGCGAUGACGUGGUCUCCAAUUACUUCACCAAAGGCAAGCGAGGCAAGCGCUUAGGCAUCCUGGUUGUCUUCUCCUUCAUCAAAGAGGCCAUCCUACCCAGUCGGCAGAAGAUAUACUGACUCUUUGGGGAGGGCAUGUGGGGGGCAAGACCCGUAGAGCCAGGUCCCUGGGAUUCUAGGCUACUAGUGCCUGGGAGCCUGGAGGGUGUCUUCUGCCAUCCCGGGUCUCCCUCCCCUUUGUUCUGAAGCACCAUCCCCCCCUCCUCAGGGAGCUUGAAUCUGCCAGGGACACCAGAGAGGGUAGCAGAGCCUGCUGUGCCAGGAGGCUGUGUCUCCAGCCCUCCUCCCCAGAGUUGGGUCUGGUCAGAUGGGGCAGACAGGGAGGGUCUAUGAAGCUGGGACAGACAGCAGGUUCUCAGGCAAGUGACCAUAGGGAAGAGCGAGGGUUGGCACUUGCAACAAAGUGCAUUUUGCUGUCAAACUGCGGGUUUUGUCCAGUGCUGAUUCCCCUUUGAAUAAAGAUGCUAGGUGGCACGGUUUGCCUUAACACCCACGGAGUUCUUCUCUGCCCUCUAACCUUCUGCCUAGACUGGGCUAGCCUGCUCUAGGGAUUCCUCUUCUGGCACUUGCCCUUCUGAAAGGAUUCUUGUGACCCUAAGUGGGAGGGGACAGAGGUGAGGAGGAGUGGGCAAAGGUAGUUUUUGUGAGGCUCCUCCCUCUUUCCAUGUCUUCCUUCCCCAGACUUUGAUAGUCCAGAUGGGGGAAACAAACAGUUUAUGGCUGGGCUAGAGCUGCAGAAGACAGUCUCCAAUAUCCUAUUUAUGCCUUCCUUUGAGAAAAAGGAGAGGUUUCUUGAUGAAUUCUCUCAGGCUCAACAACAAAAUAAUAAAUAAACACUGGCUUCUAGGCA